UUAAAAUGUUGGCCGAUUUAAACGAUUUUGUUUACAAAGAAGUGUUGGGAGGUGAUCCAACACGCAAAUCUUUGUUUAUUUUGUUGGAGAAAGGGGAGGAACAAGCUGUUUUGAUUUGCAAUAAAGAAGCAUUUGAAGAAGAUAACAAUUUAAUUCCAAAAUGGCUCAAAAGUGCAAAAUUACAUUUGUUGACGGAAAAUGAUAAAUAUGGAAAUUAUGAAAUGGCUUUGGAUCCGGAAUUGAAUUGCAAUGCUACGAAUGCUGCUAUACCAGCAAAUGAAUCCCGUUGGAUUAUGCGUGAUGCCUUUUGUGGAAGAAGAUGGAAGACAAUGCUCAAAACAACUAUAAUUUAUCCAGCAAAUGCUUUUGAUAUUCAAAAAUAUCGACGUCAAGAAUUUUUUAUUUUGAAUGAAACACCAGAAGAUUAUAAGAAUAUUACUUGUAAUUAUUUGGUUGAAACUAAACAAUUGGAAAAUUUGAAGUGGGUCUAUAAUUUUUUGGAUAAGAAAAGUGAAGAAGAACGCAUCAUCUAUGAGAACCCAGACAAACAUGAAGGUUUUAUUUUGGCUCCAGAUUUGAAGUGGAAUGGGACAAAUUUGGAUGAACUUUAUUUGUUGGCUGUAGCUCAUCGACGUGAUUUGCAUUCUAUUCGUGAUUUAACUCCAAAUGAAUUGCCUCUUUUGGAGAAUAUUCGUAAUGAAUGUGCUAAAACUAUUGAAGAAAAAUAUGGAUUAAAAAAGAAUCAAUUAAAAAUGUAUUUUCAUUAUCAGCCAACGUUUUAUCAUCUUCACGUUCAUAUAGUCCAUAUUAAAUAUGAAGCGCCAGGUUUAAGUUGUACUUCUGUGCUGUUGGAUACGGUAAUCGAAAAUUUGAAGAUUUAUUCUGAUUUUUAUGCAAAAGCUACAUUGCCAUUUUUCCGUAAAGAAAAUGAUCCGCUCUAUAAAAAAUUUGUUGAAGCUGGACGGGUCUAGAGCUAAUUGAAGAAAGGAUAUUUUUGAUUGGAAAAGAGAAGAGGUUUUCUUGUUAAAAAUUUUUUUGAUUUUUUUGCCAAAUUAAAAAUCUCAGUCAUUUAAAAAAAAUACUUUAUUUAUUUUAUUUUUUUUUACUGCAAUGCAGUAAUUUACCAAAGUCAGACCUCAAAAUUUUAUGUAUGUUCCCCCUC